UGUAUGGUGAACCAGAAGACCAGCAGUACUCAUGGUCAACCUCGCCAUACUUCGAUGAGGAAAACUACUCCCCUCCACCCAAAAACAUGAAGGGUCUCUCCGGUGGCCGCCCCGCCCACCUCCAGCUCACCUCCCCCACCUCAGCCCACACUUGCGGCUAUGUCGAUGUUGACCAUUCCCUGGAGCAUCACCUACAUCGUGGAGAUUCACGGCCCUCAUCCUACCUCCUCAGCCCCACCGAGAGCUGUCCCAUGGAAGGUCGUCACCGCUUCUCACCCCGGAGCUCCAUCCACUCGGAGUGCAUGGGGGUACCAGUGUCCAUGGCACCCACCGACCACUCUGUCGCAUGUAGCACUUUUCCACGCAUGCACUAUGGAAGUGCGUCGCGGGACACAGGGGGAAACACGUCUAGCUGCAGGGAUUCCCGGGAUGAUGGUGGCUCAUCGUCGCAUGGCGGUAGUGGCAAAAUGAACCGAAUCCCUGCAAACCUUCUGGACCAAUUUGAGAAACAGAUGCCGCUGCACCGGGAUGGCUUCCACACUUUGCAGUAUCAACGUACCUCCACUACAACCACAACCACAGAGCAACGCAAUGAAAGCCCCGGACGGAUACGCCACCUAGUGCACUCGGUACAGAAGCUUUUCACAAAGUCCCACUCUCUGGAGGGUUCUUCCAAGAUGAACGGUAACAAAAGCGACUCCCACCGGGACGGCUCGCAUCAUCAUCACCACCAUCAAGGUCACCACAAACACAGCAAGCGCAGUAAGAGCAAAGAUCGCAAAAGCGACGGGGGCGGGAGACAACGUUCAGGAGGUUGGUGGAGUUCGGACGACAACCUGGAUAGUGACAGCACAUACCGGCCACAGAGCGUCAUGUCCCGACACGCCCUGGACCAAAUCAGUCACUGCUACCCCGACUCGAUGCACAGCCACCUUGCAGGAGACCUGUCGCUAAAGACUUCCAAAAGUAACAACGAUGUCAAGUGCUCAGCGUGUGAGAGCAUAAGCAUGGCACCACAAGGAAAGUUCAUGAAGAGGAGCUCCUGGUCGACGUUAACCGUCAGCCAAGCCAAGGAGGCCUACAGGAAGUCUUCGCUCAAUCUGGAGAAACCAAUGACGCCAACAGAUCUCAAGCCCAACCUCAGGCCGUGCCACUAUCUGCAGGUGCCCCAGGAUGAAUGGGAAGGUUAUCCCGGCGAUGGGAAAGAUGACGAGAUUCCAUGUCGUCGAAUGCGGAGCAGCAGCUACGUCAAAGCCAUGGGGGAUGAAGAGAGUGGAGAGUCGGAUUCCAGCCCUAAGACAUCUCCCCAGAAGUUGGUGCGGCCAGACGCGCUAAUCAAGGCCAUCAUCAGACCCAGAGAGCUGCUGGACUCUCACAGCUCUUAUCGCCUGGAUAAAAUCAACAGUGACAUGCGUAACUACAUCACCGAUUUUGCUGCAGACUUAAGUCAGAGUUACCACAUGCAAACAGCCAUGCACCCAAGCAUUGCCCUGGACCCCUCUGCAAACUGCAACUCCCCAAAGUUUCGCUCCAGGAACCAAAGCUACAUGCGAGCAGUCAGCACCCUCAGUCAGGCAAGCUGUGUUAGCCAGGUGAGUCAGGUGAGUGAAACAGAAAUAAAUGGACAGUUUGAAUCGGUUUGUGAGUCGGUGUUCAGCGAGGUAGAAUCCCAGGCCAUGGAUGCGUUAGACUUACCCGGCUGCUUCCGAACCCGGAGCCACAGUUACCUGCGUGCAAUCCAAGCCGGCUACUCUCAAGAUGAUGAAUGCAUCCAACCCAUGGCCUCCACGGUCACUUCCACCAUCAGAUCGACUACAGGCAUCCGGUUCUGCCUUCCUUCGAACUGCAGCAACAUUGAGCGGACACCGCAGCUUCCCCCAGCCAUUACCUACACGCCAAACUACAAGAAGGCCCCUCCACCCGUCCCACCUCGCACCACCUCAAAACCCCUCAUCUCCAUCACAGCCCAAAGCAGCACAGAGUCAACCCAGGAUGCUUACCACGAUGGAAGACGCCCCCUCGGAGGGAUGUGGGGUCCUGAUGGCCUAACCCUGGGCCUGAGCCCCGGCAGGGCCCUCUAUAACUCCGUUGACAGCCUGGACAGUGCCAAGGCCGUAACUAUUGCCAUGGAGGCAGCUGGGGUCAUGGCAGGGAAAAGACACCCGUCCACAGACAGCCACAGUUCAGUAGUCACCUGUGACAAGGCCAUCUUGGUAUCGAAAGCAGAAGAGUACCUGAAGACACCUCGAUCUUCAAUAGGAAUACAGGUGGAAGCUGCCACAGAUUCGGAAUCUGAAAGCAAAGGCUCCCGGGAAUACCAUUCUGUUGGGAUCCAGGUGGAGGAUGACAAGAAAGGGCAAGGCCGCUUCAAGCGCUCCAACAGUGUGACCGCGGCCGUGCAGGCAGACAUGGAGUUAGAAGGCUUCCCCACUAUGGAGGACAAAGGCCUGCAGUUUGGCGGGGGCUUCCAGCGCCACUCAGAACCCAACACACCCACACAAUAUGGAGCUGUGCGAACCGUCCGCACCCAGGGGCUCUUCAGCUACCGCGAGGACUACCGUACCACGGCCGAACCCCCGAGUCCCCGGGAGACCACCAGUGAGCCCACGUGGCAGCUGGAGCCCCCAACCCCGCAUGAGAAUGCUGUCCCAUCUGGCGAGUCGGGACGUAGCUCCCCGUCUCUGAGGAGAGAUGGUAGCUGGUUCAUGCAGCUGCUGCACACUGAGACCAAGAGGAUGGAGGGAUGGUGCAAGGAUAUGGAGGCAGAGGCUGAAGAAAAUGACCUGUCGGAGGAGAUACUUGGAAAAAUCAGAAGUGCAGUGGGAAGCGCUCAACUGCUCAUGUCACAGAAAUUUCAGCAAUUCUAUUGGUUGUGUCAGCAAAAUCUGGACCCCAGCGCCAUGCCGCGACCUACCUCACAGGACCUGGCUGGGUUCUGGGACCUGCUGCAGCUCUCCAUCGAUGAUGUCACCGUUAAGUUUGACCAGCUGCAACAGAUCAAAAGCAACAAUUGGAGGGCCAUCAACAGUCCGGAGAAGAAGCCUGCAGCUCCUGUACCAAAGAAGACAAGUCGACAGAAGAGUCUGAUGACAAGGGAGAAAUCCUUGGACCUGCCUGACAGGCACCGGCAGGAGGCUCGGCGACGCCUCAUGGCAGCCAAGCGGGCCGCCUCCUUUCGGCAGAACUCAUCGUCAGAGCGAGCGGACAGCAUCGAGAUCUAUAUUCCCGAGGCUCAAACUCGACUUUGAGAAGUUAGUCAGGAGAAAACUUCUCUCCGUGCUCACUUAGCCUUUUUCUAGACUUCCUUUAUCCAUCCAAACAUAGAGAAGCCAUCCUGAGUGGUCAGCAGGACGGGUUUCUUGUUAGCAGACAUGUAUAUUGAACACGGGGUGACUGGUUUUCCCACUGGUUGCCAUAGUACCCAAACCACACAAACUCAUCCAGCAUUGUUUUCUUUUUGUUUGUUUUGUUAAAAUGCCAACAUUUGCAAAGUGCCAUUUGAAAAGUGCAGCUUUGAGAAACCUACCAGCAACCAGACCUUUGACCGCAAAAGAUAAGCAUUUUAAAUAGCUAAAAUCUCCAAUUUAGAAGUGUCAUUUGUUUCCCAAACCUAAUGUGAACUGGAACAAAAGUGCCAAUCCAUACGAUACCUCAUCUUUGUGCAUGUGGCACAGAUUCAUGUGUCAUUUUUCAUGGUAUUGCCAGUUAGAAGAACUCAGCACCAUGAACAUUCAUCUCAUACAUCAAUUAUUGCCAUUUACUGGAAGCUUGUGCCAACAUUUUACAUGACAUCAAUGCUGUAGAGGGAAAAAACGGCGAGAUAUCUUGAAUCAAAAUACUGUAUGUACACCAGGGUUGCUCAACUCGCGGCCCCAGGAAUGACAUAAUACCAGAAGACAAACAGAUUUGCAGCAAAUUCUGAAAAACACUGAGUACCCCUUGGGUUUGUAUAGAGAGAGGAACUUGGAUCACUGUAAACACAUUUGCAGAUUAUUUUUAUUGACAUUUUAACCUUGAUAAUGUAGCAGUCUUUGCAUUGUGUUUGUUUGCUCUU